AGUGUGUCAGACGGUGUCGCGCAGUGCGUCAGAGGCUCGUGCGUCGUUUUUGUGGAUCCUCGCGCUCAGAAUUAAACCUUUGAGUUUAUUUAAAGUUGCUCUGCUCUCGGCUCUCGGCUCUUCUCUCGGCUCUUCUCUCGGCUCUCGGCUCUUCUCAGGUGAGACGCAGAUGGAGCGUCAGGUCGUGCUCGUGCUCGUGGCCCUGUGCGCGCUGCUGGGGUUGUCGCGCUCCUGUGAGUUCUCGGAGCGCGUGGGUGAGGUCCCGGGGCCUCUGCUUUUGGCCUCACCUCUGGAGCGCGUGGGAGACUCGGACCCGCGCUCGUGCCGCGCGCGGUGCUGUGGUCGCGCGGACUGUGACGCGGCCGUGCUCGGGCUGCCCCAGGACGGGCCCGCGCAGUGCUUCCUCCUCACCUGUGGAGACGCGUGCACGCUGGACAAGGACAACAACAGUCAAUACAGAGUGUUCACGCGCACAGACGCGCGCGCGCCCGGCGGCUCUGUGCACGUCCUGCCCCUGAUACUGGACCCGGGCACGCGCAAGGACGACCAAAACAACGACACAGACGUGUGCACACUGCCCUCUCUGGUUGGUGCCUGUAAAGCGUCGUUCCCGCGGUGGUGGUACGACGCGGCGAGCGGCGUUUGCAAACCGUUCAUUUACGGCGGCUGCGGCGGAAACGGAAACAACUUCGAGAGUCAACAGGAGUGUGAGAAGACGUGCGGGGUCAAAGGUCAGAAAGGUAAAGACAAAGGAGAGUCGCCUCAGACCAAAACGGCUCGGAUGGCCCCGCCCCUUCAAAGAGACUCAAGAGACGACUCAGAGGAAAGUGACGAGGCCAAAGGACAAACUCAAGAUGGACGUCAAGAGCAGUGCGUGGCGCCCCCGGUGGUGGGCCCGUGCCGUGCAGCUUUCCCACGCUGGUUCUUUAACGUCUCGAGUGGUCGCUGUGAACGAUUCAUCUACGGAGGCUGUCGAGGGAACAAAAACAACUACGCCAAAGAGGAAGAGUGCACCAACUCCUGCACCGAAGUGAAAGUCCAGCAGGUCAAGAAGCAAAUCCCAGAGAUGUCCGAGGAGUACAAGGCUCAGUGUGGCGUGGCUCCAGAGUCCGGUCCGUGCAGGGCGGCGUUCUCCAUGUUUUACUUCGACCCUGAGACUCAGAGCUGUAAGACGUUUUUGUACGGAGGCUGCCGCGGCAACGCCAACCGCUACGGCAGCGAGCAGGAGUGCACCGAGCGCUGCGUCGAGGCCGCAUCGUCCAACAGUCAAGGCACGAGCCGCAACCACUGGACGACAGCCUUCUUCCUCUUCCUCGGGCUGGCCGCCUUUUCUUUCCUGUUGCUCACGGCGCUCGUCAUCCUCACUGUGAGACGCAACCGCAUCUCCAGAAGAGCCCUGUCCAUCAGGAGUGAUAAGGAGGAGCUGCUGCCGGACUCGGAGCGUUCUUCUUUGGAUUCUCUGCCUCUUCCUGAAAGUCCCACAACGGCCUGAGCUUUAAAUAAAGCCUUAAACAGCUGUGGUCUGUGAGGAGGUGGAGGAGGUGGAGGAGGUGGUACCUGUAGUGUUUAAAGCAGCUGUGGUCUGUUUAAGGUGGAAUUCUUCACACUUUGUUUUAAAUAUUUAAUCCUGUGUUUGUUUUGAUCAGAAUCUUUAGUCUGGGAGUGAUUCAUGUUGAUAAUGUCACAAAUAUUUGUAUCUAGAGGAACAUUAGAGAGUUACAGAAGGAACCGGAACAUCGAAGAGGAGGUGUUCUGUAAAAUGUUAAAGGGGAGGUGUCCUGUAAAAUGUUAAAGGGGAGGUGUCCUGUAAAAUGUUAAAGGGGAGGUCUCCUGUAAAAUGUUAAAGGGGAGGUAUUCUGUAAAAACACAUCUGCCAUGUUCUAACGCCGUUUCCUCAAAAAUAUGAAAAGGUUUUGAUGUCCAUAUUUGAGUAAUCUAGAGAUCUCUCCUGGGCCCUAUUCAAACUCUUCUACAGUUGGCAGUACGAGGCUCCGCCCACAGGCCUACAUCACCCAUGUACGAGGCUCCGCCCACAGGCCUACAUCACCCAUGCUCCAAGUGACAAUCCUCCAUAAAUAAACAAAAACAUGACAAACUGUGCACUAUGACGUGACAAACCUGGUGUGAUGUGCAGGAGUUUCAUUAGUGCGAUGCAGCUGAUUGUGAUCGUGCUCUGAAGGGGGAGGGGCUUAGCACAGAGAGCAACAAUUACAAUGAACACCCCACAGCAGUUUAUACCUCCUCUUUAAUGCCCCACACAGGUCAAAGUCGAGUUUAGUUGCUAGGACGAUAGUCUUUUAUGCACAUGUGUUUUUUUUUUAUGAUUGUUUGUGAAAAGUCAAAGUUAAUUUGUUUUACAAAGUGCAAAAAACAUCAGUAUCAAAUGUGAAUCGAUACGAUACUGUCCUGAGCAGAGAGCGGCUCCCCUGAGGUUUAAACCUGAUGCACGGGUGAUUCUUACAUCAUGUUUGUGCGACGCUGACUUGUUUCUGAAAUCACUGGAUCAGCAGUUUGAGUUUAAAAUUAAAAUGAAAACGCUUUAAUUUAUGAUUUCAAGCUUUUUCUGACGAUUUACUGUCACUUUUUUAUUUUGUGUUUACUGUUUUUUUUAAAUCAAAUAUUUAAUGUCUCAGGUCCAGUCUCAUAAAAGUCUUUUUAUCAGACCAGAAGUGAACAAACCAGAGAAUAUAGACUUUAAACUUCAUAAUGUGUGUGUUUAAAGGCUUUAAACUUCAUAAUGUGUGUGUUUAAAGGCUUUAAACUUCAUAAUGUGUGUGUUUAAAGGGUUUUAUGAGGCUGGCUCCUGAUUGGUGGAAGUGUUUUAAUGUUUUAGAUGAAGGACCAGACUCUGUUUUUCUUAUCAAUAAAAAGUUAAAGUUUUAAAAA